CUCGUAGAUAUAUAUUUGGCCAGGCACACGUCAGGAGGACGGGCCAUUUUGAGAGAGUAAAAUUGGUAGGUAUUUUGCAUAGAAAUUCUACUCACAUCCACGAACGAUAACCAUAAGCUCCAUGGCGCUCGACACGGAACCAGCCACUCUACAAGAGCAAGAAGAAAUUGACGAAGAAGAAUGGGAACCGCGACUUGAUGCACCGGCACAUCACCCUUCUGCUCCGCCUGAUGAGUUAUUCGAGAUGUUGACUACAGUUGAUCCUAGUUAUAUAAUCUCUCUGAUACGGAAACUUUUACCAACUGAUGCAAGUGAUAACUACACUUCUCAUGGCGUUGAUGCGUGUGUUGAUGGUAAAGUUGCCAUUAAUGAUCACGUGGAAGAAAGUUCAGCUUCUCAAUGUGGAGAUGAAAUUCUGAAUUCUUCAAAUAAUUCAUAUGAGAGCAUGAACAUCGUUCAGGAUUAUGAUAAACAUGCUCGACCAGAAGGAGAAAAUGAAGAGUCAUGCCAUGGGUUUAAUCGGCCUAGUAAUUCAGUAGGAGAAGAAGCUUGGGAAGAGUAUGGUUGCAUUUUGUGGGAUCUUGCUGCAAGCAAAACUAAUGCAGAACUCAUGGUAGAAAAUCUUGUACUUGAAGUACUUUUAGCCAACCUUUUAGUUUCCCAAUCUGUGCGAGUUAAGGAGAUCAGUCUUGGAAUUAUUGGAAACCUUGCCUGCCAUGAAGUUCCGCUGAAACAUGUAGUGUCUACAAAUGGAUUGGUUGAGAUACUUGUGGAUCAAUUAUGUUUAGAUGACACUCAAUGCCUAUGCGAAGCUUGCCGGCUAUUGACUUUGGGUCUUCAAAGUUGUGAACCUAUUCCUUGGGCUGAAGCAUUGCAGCCGGAACAUAUUUUAUGCCGUAUUUUAUGGAUUGCAGAAAAUACCUUAAAUUUACAGCUCAUUGAAAAGAGUGUUGGACUAUUAUUAGCCAUCAUUGAAGGUCAGCUGGAAGUUGUGCAUGUUCUCCUUCCACCUUUGAUGAAGCUGAGUUUACCAAGCAUAUUGAUUAAUCUCUUGACUUUUGAGAUGGGCAAAUUAACAAGUGAAAGAAUUCCUGAAAGGUAUUCAGUUCUUGAUGUUGUUCUCCGUGCAAUUGAAGCUCUUUCAGCUAUAGAUGGUCAUUCUCAUGAAAUCUGUUCAAAUAAGGAACUUUUUAUGUUAGCUUGUGACAUGGUCAAACUCACUGACAAAGUUGAGGUUGCCAACUCUUGCGUUACUGCUGCAGUACUUAUUGCAAAUAUUCUCUCUGAUGCAACUGAUUUAGCAUCAGAGAUAUCACAGGAUUUGCGUUUUUUGCAGGGGCUCCUUGAUAUAUUUCCUUUUGCUUCAGAUGAUCUAGAAGCACAAAGUGCACUCUGGAACAUCAUUGCAAGGUUACUCCUUCAUGUUCGAGAAAAUGAGAUGAGUCAAUCAAGUCUAUCUCAGUAUGUUUCAGUUCUUGCAAGCAAAUCUGAUCUGAUUGAAGACAUUCUUCUCGAUUACCAAUUAGAUGACUGCAGCGACAAAGACAAGGGCAUGACCACUUCCACAAAAUCAAAUGCUAAAACUACAGCUAUUACAAGGUUAAUCAGUAUUUUAGAUCAGUGGAUUGUUUCAAAGGAUUCUGCUGAAGAGAACAAUAUGGCAGGUGAAGUUCAUCCAGAUAAAGUCAGUGUGAAUAGAUUGCUUGAUUGCUGUCGGAAAUCUUCCAAUUGCCAGGUCACCCAUGGACAAAGCGUGUGAGGAAGAAAGGUGUGAUCCAGUGCCUGAUGUAAUGAUGCAGCAUGCUUCAUGGAUUGAUAUUUGCCAGAGAUGUCAUCCCUGUGUCCUGGUCUUGAGAUGCAUACCCAUACAGCUACACCAGAGAAAAUUCCUGUACAGAAUACUGCCCAGAGGAACAGUAGAUCCUGCAAGGAACAUGGAAUUUCAGCUGAGGACAAAAUUGCAAGAGAUAAAUUGAAAUUGCGGCCAGAUAAGCCCAAGCAGCCCCAGUUUUUUACCUUGUCAGUUUUGAUGGUAGAAUUGGAUUGAAAGUACAUCUUUGAAACGACCUUGGGACAAUUGGAUAUAGAGAUAAAGGGCAGAGGCAUGGUAUCUGAAAAACCUACUUGCUUAGUGUAAUGCAUUAUACGUUGUAGCUAAGUAAGGGGGUUGGAGGGAGUUGCAAAAGGCGGGAUAAUUUGCCACCCAUAUCUGGGUAGAUUGGUUACACAGCAGAGAUCACCUCACUUGGGUUGGACAUUAAAAAAAAACACUGUGCAAAGGGAAAGGGGGAUAAUUAAGUUGUCUUGAGUUAUGAUAACACUUUUUUUUGUUGUGACUUUGUUUUAAAUGGAGGGUGGUUGUGUACAAUUUGAUGAAGUGCAGUGUGCGCUAUCAUAUUGUUGGUGCAAAAUGGAUAGUAAAAUAAUUGUAUGAAUCUCAUUGUAAGUAAGUUGUCAUGUUCGAGUUGUUUCUU